UUAGCAGACAACUAUGGAAACCCUAAUAAUAGCAGAUGGGGAGUUAACUCGAUAAGAACCAGGUGGGAAAACGUGGGACUUCCUCCCUCCAGCUCAAUUCUUGAUAGCUUUCGCCUUAAUAUUGGCUAGAAGCUGUUAACGUCGUUCUUGAUCUUUCUCCUAGACUUUUGUAUAAAUGGCUCGAACGACGGGGGAAAGAAGAACCAAACAGCUUCAUCUUUCUUCUUGGAAGAUCCCGCAAGCGCCGAGGAGGGAGACAAGAAUCAUCGUAGUAGAAGGAGAAGGAUGGCAAUCCAGUCGUACGUUGGUGCAUUUCUGCUGUUGUUGUCGUUUUCUUCUACCAUCAACGCCCAGGUCUUUCACAUCGGGAAAUAUGGUGUAAAGGGUGAUGGAAGAGCAGACAUAAGCCAGGCAUUGCUGAGGGCAUGGAAAGAGGCGUGCGCAUCGACUACUGCUGCUAAAUUGUUGAUCCCGAAAGGGACGUAUGCAUUGUCGGAGACGGUCCUAGAAGGCCCCUGCAAGGCCCCUGUGGAAUUCCAGCUCCAAGGCACAUUGCGGGCCCCGGCGGACCCGUUCCGCUUCAAGACCGUAAGUUGGGUCACGUUCCAGAACAUCGACCGCCUCACCGUGUCAGGCGGUGGGACAUUCGACGGCCAGGGAAAAAUCGCCUGGGCGCAGAACGACUGCAAUUUGAACAAAAAUUGCCGUACUCUCCCCAUUAAUUUGAGGUUCAACUUUGUCAGCAAUGCCCUAAUCCAUGACGUAACGACGCUCGACAGCAAGCAGUUUCACGUAAACGUCUUGGGCUGCAAGAACGUGACGUUCCAACGUUUCACCGUGACGGCGCCGGGCGACAGCGUAAACACGGACGGGAUCCACAUUGGACGGUCGGUCGGGGUCAAAAUUAUUGACAGCAACAUCAGGACCGGGGAUGACUGCGUCUCCAUUGGCGACGGGAGCCAGCAGAUCUUUGUCACGAGGGUGAACUGCGGUCCGGGCCAUGGCAUCAGUGUCGGCAGCCUCGGGAAGUACAAGAACGAAGAGCCCGUGGUGGGUAUCUUUGUCAGGAAUUGCACCAUCAUCGGCGGGACCAAUGGCGUGAGGAUCAAGACAUGGCCUGCAUCGCCGGUCGGCGUGGCCUCGGACAUGCACUUCGAGGACAUCCGCAUGGUCGAUGUCGCCAACCCCGUGCUCAUAGACCAGGGAUACUGCCCAUGGAACCAAUGCCAAGCACAGAUCCCUUCUCUUGUUAAGAUCAACAAAGUCAGCUUCAAGAGAAUCUGGGGAACCUCGGCGUCCCAGGUCGCGGUGAAGAUUGCUUGCAGCAAGCGCGUGCCGUGUGACAACAUCGAGAUCGCGGACAUCAACCUCGCGUACCGUGGCCCUGAGGGCCCUGCGUUGUCGGAGUGCUCGAACGUCCGACCUUUGAUCACCGGCAGGCAAUUCCCUCCGGCUUGUGCCAAGAUUGCGAGUUAAAAACUUUGCUCUUUCUCGGUGAAGGUUAAAUAACGCGAUAUAUUACUUUAUAAAGGAUCUGAAAAGGUCGAGCUUUGAAGACUAGGAAUCUCGAGCGGAACUUUCUGUUUUUUGUGC